AUGGUGGAUAACGGAGAGGAUGAGACCACGAUUAUUUGUAAUAUUCCUGAUCAUUUGCAACAUGCACAACCCGUCACUUUACCGCUGAUCGAUUCCGAUUCUUAUGUCUUAUUUCCCCCAAGAAAUCAUUCUUGCAGAAUACAUCUUCUACGUCACUUGCCACCUCUCAGCGAUGAAAUGCGUUUCCGAUGUCCGGCACUACCACUUCGCACCAGAUCAACACCAGAAUUUUCACUGGUUCUUGAUUUGGAUGAAACCCUCGUGCACUGUAGUUUAACCGAACUGCCGGAUGCGUCACUUACAUUUCCAGUCCAUUUUCAAGACAACACUUAUCAGGUUUAUGUCCGAGUACGACCUCAUCUGCAUGAAUUUCUGGAGAGAUUAUCGCAGUCUUUUGAAAUAAUAUUAUUCACAGCAAGUAAACGUGUUUAUGCAGAUAAAUUGCUGAAUCUACUCGAUCCAGGCAAACGUCUAAUUAGACAUCGUCUCUUUCGAGAACACUGUGUAUUCGUUUACGGCAACUAUAUCAAAGAUUUGAGUAUUCUCGGAAGAGAUCUAUCCAAAACAAUUAUUAUCGAUAAUUCGCUACAAUCGUUUGCUUAUCAAAUUGAUAAUGGUAUCCCAAUCGAGAGCUGGUUUUUCGAGCAAGAUGAUCAGGAACUUCUUAAGUUGAUACCUUUCCUCGAAAAUAUUACCAAUCAGAAAAGUGAUGUGAGGACCAUUCUGCGUGCAAGGUAUCGUAUUCGAGAUUUAUUACCACCAUUGCCUCACUGUGAUAUCGUUUAA